UCCAGGAAUGAAAGAAUCGCAUGGGGUCAGAAGGGACGACCAGUGCUGGCUUUGUUUUGACUCUAUUAUACGAUUUUUAAUAAAUUAUCUAUGGAUAAAAGACCCCCUGGCUGGUUAAUACAAUGUGUUUUUGACAUUGCAUACUGACCCAUAACGUAAUUUUGGUGGGUUGCAUUAAUUCCUCAAGUGGUUUCAAUUAAAGGUAAACUGUGUAGAUAAAGCAAGACUUUAUAUCGUUUGAAGAAACCCAUGGAUUGCAAAAGUCCCAUGCAGAACAAGAGAAGGCGUAGUGGAGAAUUGGAACAGUGGCACACUGAGUCGAAAAGAGUGUGCAAUGGACUGGGAGGCUGUGAGCAGGUUGAAUAUGGAGCAGCGAUGAACACUCCAAUGGACACGUGGAAUCCCCCAAAUCACACUCCUCAAAAUGGACACGGUGCCAAUGGCCACAUCCCUGGCACGCAGGUGUUGGCAGCCCCAGGACGUGGUGCUGGACAAUGUUGCCCCAGGUGUAUGGCAGGUGAACCUGGCCAUAUAAACCAUAUCAUGAGGUAUUGAUCAGCCGGGCCAAUGACUCCUGGAGAAAAUGAAUCGACGGAAUAAACGGGAAGGGAAAAGGCGAUGCAAUGAAAGCGGAGGAGCAGUCUGCACUUGAUGCGUGCUGUGUGGGUUUCUCCGCACACUUUGUGCCUUUCAUAGAUUUACACCUCACCUUACUUUUAGUAUUGUAUUGUUUUGUAGCAAUAUGUAGUUUACAAUACCAAGAGCACUCCAGUCAUGAGAAAAGCAAUGAAUGAUGGUUUGGAUCACACUGCAGUGAAAUGUGUAGACAAAUUUAUACCGUGCUGAUUAGGACUGCAUACAUUAUACAUUUGCUUGGUCUUGAUUUUCAAAAUAGAAUUACUCAUGUAUAUCUACUGUAAACAAAGUCAAUGCAACUAAAUGACCCUGGGUAAGUAAUUUGAUAGACUAUUUUUCUAUAAAUGUAAAUAAUUGAAUAGUUUUGAGCAUAGAUGCAUGAUAAUUCAAGUGUAUAUUUUUAUAUUUUUAACUGUGUCCUUGUGAAGUCACCAUGGUUAAUGAAGUUUUUAAUUAGGUUUGGUUGUAAAAUGUCUGUACGAUAACAAAAAUGUGCUAAUUUCUACCUCAUUUAAAAUGAGACCUUUUUUAGAUAGGUAAAAUUGAUAGGUGUCACUGUUUUGUUUUAUCUUAAUCAAUGUGUGUGUGUGUUUUUAUCAAGACUAUAUAUAUAUAUAUAUAUAUAUAUAUAUAUAUAUAUAUAUAUAUAUAUAUAUAUAUAUAUAUAAACCAAAAACUGUGGAUCCACUUUAUAUUAGGUGUCUUUAACUACUAUGUACUUAAGCAUUUGAUACAAUGUACUUAUUAUGUAAAAUCGUGUUGUUGUAUUGUGUUUACAUUUGAACUAUCUGCAUUUAAUUGCAUCUGUAGUUACACUGUUAAUUUUACACUUAAUCCUAAACCUAACCCUACCCCAACUCUUACCCUAAACCCUAAUCCUAAUCUAAACCCUAAGCCUACUCGUGGCUCAGCAGCAGCAAAUGUGAACCUUGUGUGAAUUUUACAGAGCAACAUGUAGUUACACAAGUACACUGUAUUGCAUAUAUUUCAAUAUUAGUACAUAGUAGUUAAAGACACCUGAUAUAAAGUGGGACUAAAAAUCUAAAUGUCUCAUAUAUAUAUAUAUAUAUA